AUGCCGCAGUCCUGCCCGGGCUCCAUCCCCACGCGGGUGGAAAAAAAGCUUGACUUCGUAACGGGGGUGUGGAGGUUCUCUGCGUUUUUUCCUGAAGAAGAGUAUCUUCUAGUUUGGUGCGCGCAGAUGCUACCAAAUGUGUGUGGAUCACGUUACAAUGCUUACUGUUGCCCUGGAUGGAAAACUUUACCUGGUGGAAACCAAUGCAUAGUCCCAAUCUGCAGACAUUCCUGUGGGGAUGGAUUUUGCUCUAGACCAAACAUGUGCACAUGCCCAAAUGGUCAGAUAGCCCCCUCCUGUGGUUCAAAAUCAAUACAACACUGUAACAUCCGGUGCAUGAAUGGAGGUAGCUGCAGUGAUGACCAUUGCCUCUGUCAGAAGGGAUAUACAGGAACACACUGUGGACAGCCUGUCUGUGAAAAUGGAUGUCUAAAUGGAGGGAGAUGUGUGGCUCCGAACCGAUGUGCUUGCACAUAUGGCUUUACUGGACCCCAGUGUGAAAGAGAUUACAGGACCGGCCCUUGCUUCACUUUGAUAACCAACCAGAUGUGCCAGGGACAGCUCAGUGGAAUAGUCUGCACAAAAACCCUUUGCUGUGCAACAGUUGGGAGAGCAUGGGGCCACCCCUGUGAAAUGUGUCCUGCCCAGCCGCAUCCCUGCCGCCGAGGCUUCAUUCCAAACAUUCGAACUGGGGCCUGUCAAGAUGUGGAUGAAUGCCAAGCCAUCCCUGGGAUCUGUCAAGGGGGAAAUUGCAUUAAUACUGUUGGAUCUUUUGAGUGCAAAUGCCCAGCUGGACACAAAUUUAAUGAAGUGACACAAAAAUGCGACGAUAUUGAUGAAUGCAGCACCAUUCCUGGAAUCUGUGAUGGAGGAGAGUGUUCAAACACAGUUAGCAGUUACUUCUGCAAGUGUCCUCCAGGGUUUUAUACAGCUCCUGAUGGCUUAAAGUGCAUAGAUGUGCGUCCUGGAUACUGCUUCUCUUCUCUGGCCAAUGGGCGCUGCGGCAAUCAGCUCCCCCAGCCUUUGUCCAAAAUGCAGUGUUGCUGUGACAGUGGCCGAUGCUGGUCUUCUGGGGCAGCCACCGCUCCUGAGAUGUGCCCAAUCAGAUCCACCGAUGAGUAUCGCAAAUUGUGCACAGUAGCUGCUCUGCUGCCAGCAAGACCUGACCUUCCUCCAGGCCGUCCUGAUGUGAUCCCUCCACCACUCCUUCCUGGCGUUUACCCUCCUCAACAGCCAGAAAUUGUCUAUCCAUCUCGGGCUCCACCACCUCAUGUGAUCUUGCCGGUGAACUUCACUGACUAUUGCCAACUGUUCCGACAUCUCUGUCUUAAUGGGCGCUGUAUUCCCACUCCUGGGAGCUACCGCUGCGAGUGCAACAAAGGAUUCCAACUGGAUGUUAGAGGGGAAUGUAUUGAUGUUGAUGAAUGUGAGAAGAAUCCAUGCAUCAGUGGAGACUGUGUGAACACCCAGGGAUCCUACAUAUGCCAGUGUCGUAUAGGAUAUCAGAGCACACCAACUAGAACAGAGUGCCGAGACAUUGACGAAUGUUUACAGAAUGGUCGUAUCUGUAAUAAUGGACGAUGCAUAAAUACAGAUGGCAGUUUUCACUGUGUGUGUAAUGCUGGCUUUCAGGUGGCAGCUGAUGGAAAAAACUGUGAAGAUAUGGAUGAAUGCAGCAUAAGGAACAUGUGCCUCAAUGGGAUGUGCAUCAAUGAAGAUGGCAGUUUUAAAUGCAUUUGUAAACCAGGGUUCCAGUUAGCAUCUGAUGGGCGUUACUGCAGAGACAUAGAUGAGUGUGAGACAGCUGGAAUAUGCAUGAACGGGCGCUGUGUGAACACUGAUGGCUCUUUCAGAUGUGAAUGCUUCCCUGGCCUUGCAGUAGGACUGGACGGACGCGUGUGUGUUGAUACACAUAUGCGAAGCACAUGCUAUGGUGGCUACAAGAGAGGACAAUGUGUGAGACCGUUAACUGGUGCAGUUACAAAAUCGGAGUGCUGUUGUGCCAGCACUGACUACGCCUUUGGGGAGCCUUGUCAGCCCUGCCCAGCGCAAAAUUCAGCUGAGUAUCAGGCUCUGUGCAGCAGUGGAACUGGCAUGACUGCAGGAGGAAAUGAUAUUAAUGAGUGCUUACUGGAUACCGAUCUCUGUCCAAACGGAAGGUGUGAGAAUCUGCAUGGAACAUACAAAUGUAUUUGUAAUCCUGGAUAUGAAGUGGAUUCAACUGGGAAAAACUGCAUUGACAUCGAUGAAUGUGCGCUGAACAUGCUGCUUUGUGACAAUGGGCAAUGCAGAAAUACCCCUGGAAGUUUCACCUGCACCUGUCCAAAAGGAUUUGUAUACACUCCUGACCUAAAGACAUGUGAAGAUAUUGAUGAGUGCGAAUCUAACCCCUGCGUUAAUGGGGUAUGCAAAAACACACCAGGCUCUUUUGCUUGUGAAUGUUCUCCUGAAAGUACUUUGGAUACAACCAGAACCAUCUGCAUAGAAACCGUUAAGGGUACCUGUUGGCAGAACAUAGUGGAUGGAAGAUGUGAAAUAAAUAUCAACGGAGCAACUCUGAAGUCCCAGUGUUGUUCCUCACUAGGUGCUGCUUGGGGAAGCCCGUGUACACCAUGUGAACGAGACCCAAUAUGUCAAAAGGGAUAUUCAAGAAUAAGAGGAACAUUGUGUGAAGAUGUAAAUGAAUGUGAGGUGUUUCCUGGAGUCUGUACAAACGGGCAGUGUGUCAAUACCUUGGGAUCAUUUGUUUGCCAGUGCCCCAGUGGAAUGACUUUAGAUGCUUCUGGACGGACAUGUCUUGACAUUCGCUUGGAGAGUUGCUACCUGCAGCAUGAAGAUGAGCAAUGCACCUCACAGAUACCAGGCCGACACCGAAUGGAUGCUUGCUGCUGUUCAGUGGGGGCAGCAUGGGGCUUUGAGUGCGAGGAGUGUCCUCUGAAGGGAUCACCUGAAUUUGAAGCUCUUUGUCCAAGAGGACCUGGGUUCUCUACGAAGAUAGAGAUAACUGGGAAACCUUUCUCUAAAGAUAUCAAUGAAUGUAAAAUGGUCCCCAGUCUUUGUACCCAUGGAAAAUGUAGAAAUACCAUCGGCAGUUUUAAGUGUAGAUGUGACAGUGGAUUUGCCCUUGAUUCUGAAGAGAGGAAUUGCACAGAUAUUGAUGAAUGCCGCAUCUCUCCUGAUCUUUGUGGCCAAGGCAUCUGUGUCAAUACACCCGGAGACUUUGAAUGUGAAUGUUUUGAAGGCUAUGAAAGUGGAUUUAUGAUGAUGAAAAACUGCAUGGACAUCGACGAGUGUCAGCGCAAUCCCCUUCUCUGCCGAGGCGGCACCUGCAUCAACACAGAGGGAAGUUUUCGGUGCGAUUGUCCUCCAGGCCAUCAGAUAUCACCAAAUAUCUCUGCCUGUAUAGACAUUAAUGAAUGUGACCUAAGCACCAGCCUGUGCCGAAACGGACAUUGUGUCAACCUGAUUGGAAAGUAUCAGUGUGCUUGCAACCCUGGAUAUCAGUCCACACCUGACAAGUUAUACUGUGUUGAUAUUGAUGAAUGCAGUAUAAUGAAUGGUGGCUGUGAGAACUUCUGUACAAACUCGGAGGGCAGCUAUGAAUGUAGCUGUAAACAAGGCUUUGCACUCAUGCCAGACCACAGGACAUGCACUGAUAUUGAUGAGUGUGAAGACAAUCCUAACAUCUGUGAUGGAGGCCAGUGUACAAACAUCCCAGGAGAAUACAGGUGUCUUUGCUAUGAUGGAUUCAUGGCAUCUGAAGACAUGAAGACUUGCAUAGAUGUUAAUGAGUGUGAUCUGCAUCCAAACAUCUGUCUGAGUGGAACCUGUGAGAAUACAAAAGGCUCAUUUAUCUGUCAUUGUGAUAUGGGAUAUUCAGGCAAGAAAGGCACAACUGGUUGCACGG